GGAGCAGAUGUCCCACAAGAGGCUUUCUUCAUGAGCAUAAGGAAACUCUGUCACAGGGAAGUCAUCUUUGAAGUUGACAGUAUUGAUACCAAAGCCUGGAUCUCAUACCAGAGCAAUAGCAAAUCUUUCAGCAAAAACUUCAGGAACGAAACGAUCAUCAAAGACAGGACCUUCCAACUAAUAGCAGAGUAUGUCUUGACGAUAUUCAACCUGGACUCAUCCACAUCACUUGCAGAAACAGAGAAAAGCAACACACUCUGCCCUGGAUUACUCACCAAAGCAAAAUAG